ACAUAGUUUGAGUUGCAUUUUGCAGGGCAGGGCAAGGCAAUGUGAGCUUUUGAUUGAAGCAGAAAGUGAAAUUGGAAGUUCUUUAAUUGGAAGAUGGAGGAGUCAGUAGAAUCAAUAGCGGUUCCGGAUCACGACGAAGACGAUCCUUCAUCAACGAUUUUGGAUCUCAGCAGUUACCAGCUCCACGACCUUGACUCGGUCGAGUUGCCUCCCACUCUCACCGAGUUGGACCUCACCGCGAAUCGCUUGUCCACGCUGGACCCGCGCAUAGCCAACCUCUCGCAUCUCAAGAAGCUCUCACUGCGCCAGAACCUCGUCACCGACGCCGCCGUUCUCCCUCUCUCUUCCUGGAGCGCCCUCGCCUCGCUCGAGGAGCUUGUGCUACGGGAUAAUCAAUUGAGGAACAUUCCUGACGUCAGCAUAUUCCAGAAGCUUCUGGUAUUCGAUGUUUCGUUCAACGAGAUUAGUUCGCUACACGGUUGUGCCAAGGUCUCCGAUACACUCAAGGAACUCUACGUGUCCAUGAAUCAAGUUUUGAAGAUCGAGGAGAUCGACCACUUCCAUCAGCUGCAGAUUCUUGAACUCGGCUCCAAUAAAUUGCGGGUAAUGGAGAAUUUGCAGAGCCUUACGAAUUUGCAGCAGCUGUGGCUCGGUCGGAAUCGAAUUAAAAGUGUAAAUCUGUGUGGUCUCAAUUGCAUUAAGAAGAUUAGUUUGCAAAGCAAUCGUCUCACUUCAAUGACGGGUUUUGAGGGCUGCAUAGCUCUAGAAGAACUAUACUUGAGCCAUAAUGGUAUUUCAAAAAUGGAAGGGUUGUCGACAUUAGUCAAUCUCCGGGUUUUGGAUGUAUCGUCAAAUAAGUUAACUUCAGUGGAUGACAUUACGAACCUGACGCAAUUGGAAGAUUUGUGGCUUAACGACAACCAAAUAGCAUCACUUGAAGGAAUUGCUGAGGCUGUUGUUGGUUGUAGAGAGAAGCUUACAACCAUCUACCUGGAGCAUAACCCAUGUGCUAAAUCACCCAACUAUACUGCAUUCCUCAGGGAAACAUUCCCCAACAUCGAACAAAUUGAUUCAUAUGUAUUUUCGUAGAAGUUUCUUGGCUUCAGCAUCUUUGAAAUCAGUAGCUUUGAAGCUUUGUCCUUGCAGAUCCAUUUGUUCCGUUUUGAAAGAUUGAUGAUUUAGCUCCAUCCACCUAAUGAAGAGAACAUGCUUACCAAACCAUUGGACAAUAUUGUGGCCUGACCAUUUGUUACCUGUCGGAUGAAUAUGCUUGUUAUAUGUUACUUGUUUUGCAGACCACAUUUCUUUUUAUUUAUAUUUAUUUUACGACCAAUUUUUGAGAAGCAUUGUAACGCAUUAUUUGUGUUGUUUAUUAUAUUUCCUGCUACAGCUUGUGGUAUGCAGAGGUGUAGAUUAA